CGGAGGGACGGAGGGAGGGACGGAGGGAGGACGGAGGAGGGACGGAGGGAGGGACGGACGAAGAAAGGGAGGGGCCGAAGCCGCCCUCCUCCUCCCCGCGGCCUCCCACCCUUAAAGUGGGAGCCCAGAAGCUGGGCCCGCCGCAGAUCGCUCGGGAGGGCGGGCUGUGCAUAGGCGGCGAGCUCGAGCUCCUGCGGGCGGAGCGCGGCCCGGGCCGGCGGCGGGGCUCCGGGCUCUCAAGGCGCCAUUGCUUUCGUGCGGAGCGCUGGCCCUGUCCCCGAGAGGAGCGGUCAUUCGGGGGUCGCCUUCAGUCUCCGGCCCCAACCCGCGAAGGCUGGUAUUGGUCCGGCGCUGCCGAACGCGCCGCUUCCCGUCCCUCCUGGCCGCCCCGCAGUGCGGCCGCCCCGGGGCUCGAGACCAUGUUCGACAAGACCCGCUUGCCGUUCGUGGCCCUGGACAUGGUCUGCUUGUUUCUGGCUGGAUUGCCUUUUGCAAUUCUUACUUCAAGGCAUACCCCCUUCCAACGAGGAGUGUUCUGUAAUGAUGAGUCCAUCAAGUACCCUUACAAAGAAGACACCAUAUCUUAUGAAUUAUUAGGUGGAAUAAUCAUUCCAUUCAAUAUAAUCGUUAUGAUUCUUGGAGAAGCCCUGUCUGUUUACUAUAAUCUCUUGCAUUCAAAUUCCUUUGUCAGGAAUAACUACAUAGCCACUAUUUACAAAGCCGUUGGGACAUUUAUGUUUGGGGCGGCUGCUAGCCAGUCCCUGACAGACAUUGCCAAGUACUCCAUAGGCAGACUGAGACCCCACUUCUUAGCUGUCUGUGACCCCGAUUGGACAAAAUUCAACUGUAGUGAUGGCUACAUCGAAAACUUCCCAUGUCGGGGAAAUUCAGUAAUAGUUAACCAGGGAAGAUUAUCAUUUUAUUCUGGGCAUUCUUCAUUUUCCAUGUACUGUAUGCUGUUCCUCGCACUUUAUCUCCAAGCCAGAAUGAAGGCAGACUGGGCACGACUUUUGCGCCCCACACUUCAGUUUGCUUUCAUCGCUUUAUCUAUCUACGUGGGGCUUUCUCGUGUUUCUGACUAUAAACAUCACUGGAGUGACGUGCUGACUGGACUCAUCCAGGGAGCUGUGGUUGCAAUACUUGUUGUUGUAUUUGUAUCAGAUUUCUUUGAGGAAAGAAACUGUCCAUUUAAGCAAAGAAAAGAAGAGGACUCACACACAACUUUGCAUGAGACACCAACAAAUGGAAAUCAUUACGGAAGCAAUCACCAAGCAUAAGGAGCUAAAAUUGCCUGCUUUCUAAAGGAAAAUGAUAACAGCAGAAGGAAAAGAUAAUGAUAAUUUCCUCCUGGUGCAAAAAGCCUUUAAGGGACUGCUGCUGCUAUACCUCUCAGACGCCCACUUUACCUGUGUAUAUAGUCACAUUUAACACAACAAUAGCUUUAAAAUUCAUUCAAAAGAUUUCAAACCUUUCACUAAAAUACUACCCACCUGUACAUUUUUUUUUAUUAAAAUAAUGUGGUAAUGCUUUUAUGUACAAAUGUGUAUGACAUAUACUUUGCUAGAAUGAUGCUUGUUUUAAAUACAAUACAAAUUAAAACGUUUAUGAUGAAGACUG